CUUGCAGCACACCUUUACUAUAAAAAGGCACUGGGCUGCUUCAAACCUCUCAGUUUAGAAUUUGGAUCUUUGACAUCUGGAUUAAUUCGCUUUCCAGCAUUCCUGCUAUGAUCUCUACACAGCACCAGUUGUUCCCUAAAGUGGCUCAAGAAUUAACAGAUGAGGAAGAGGAAGAGAAAUCUGAGCUUGACUAUAAUGACAACUCUUCUCUAUUACCUGACUCAGGUCCAUGUGUGUUUAAAAUAUUGCCAAAAUGGGUUUCAAAGGCCUCCUACUAUUUUGACAAAGAACAUUAUUGUUAUGCUGGCCAUGAGAUCAUCAUUCAAGAAUCCAUUGAAUCCUUUGGAGCUGUAGUGUGGCCUGGUGCCCUUGCUUUAUGUCAGUACCUGGAAUCAGAUCAAGAGGAAAUUAACUUCAAAGAAAAGAAAGUCCUUGAAAUUGGAGCUGGGACAGGUCUAGUGUCUAUUGUGGCAAGUAUAUUAGGAGCUUUUGUUACUGCUACCGACUUGCCUGAAGUACUUGAAAACUUGGAAUUCAACAUUACUAGGAACACACGGAAUCUAGAUGUUCACAAGCCUGAAGUAAGGAAGCUUGUUUGGGGCGAGAAUCUACCUGAAGACUUUCCCAAAGCAACCCACCAUUAUGAUUUCAUCGUUGCUACCGAUGUUGUAUAUCAUCACACAGCACUGGAUUCUCUGCUGGAUACAAUGCGCUACUUAUGCCAGCCUGGGACAAUCUUGGUUUGGGCAAAUAAAUUUAGAUUCAGCACAGAUUACGAAUUUUUGGACUCAGUCAGCAACAUGUUCAAUAUUACCCAGCUAGCAGAAUUUCCGGAGUCAAGUAUCAAACUGUUUAAAGGCACAAUAAAAGAGAAUUAAAAUGAGGAAGCAGUGUGAGAAUCCAAAUUAAUGUGCAAAAGCUGAGAGGUUUACAAAAUACACUAAGAGUCUGAUUCUUGACUUUGAAGGCAGGGGAUUAACCGUUUUAAAUAGGUAAUUAUUCAGACCUUUUCUCAAAGACGUGCUGUUCCUAGAAAAGAACAGACAGCAGGAAGAGCUUCACCUCUUAGUCAUGCUUUUCCCUCAGAGUUAUAGCCACGCCCAGCAACUGACACAUUCUGGCAUUCCUCCAUUGAUGUUUAAUAGAUAGUGACAAAUGAUAGGCUUGAAACGCCAUGGUUCCAGCCACUUUGUCCCUAGGAACAGAAAGGAGAGGAGGACCACUUUUAUCCUACAAGAUGUCCUCGUAAAUCAAGACUGCUAAGAUGAAUUGGCUCUAAUACACCAGGAAAGAUAAGAAUUCAUAGUUCUUCAGAUUAGAAUUUAAGGAUAUGUGAGUGUAUAGUCCUUUUACAGAGCUAUAAGGAGGAACUAAUCCUAAGCAACAGGGU